AUGGACCCGCUGUAUCCGCUACUUUCAAGACUUGAAGAAGAUGUCAAGACAAAUCUCAUUCUACAUCCACAAAUAAGUUCCUUCGUCCAGCUAUUUCUACGAUAUUUAAAGGAGCCAAGAUAUCAAGCACCAUUAACAAUCACGGAGUUAUCUAAUCUAUUCAAAAAGUUCUACCAGGAUUUGAAUGUGUUGACAAUAUGUAUAUUCACCCAAUCAAACUCCACAAAAAAACAGCUAAUUUCCCACUGCGAUUAUUUCAAUGAAAACCCAAAAGUUUUUGAUUAUCUAUUGGCCAUAGCAAAUUAUAGCACAUCUUCUAUUAGACUAUUGAAAAGGUCAGAUAACGACGCAUUGUAUCAGUUGCGUGUCUUCAAUUACUACAAAUUAUUAACAAUAUUUGAAUCAAUCCAUUUGGCAGAGUUGGAGUUGUUUCAGUCAGUUAGUUUGGGUGAUGACAUUUGCUUGUAUGACAAGAUAUUUCGAUUUGAUCAGAAGGAUACAAUAUACCAAGAGUUUUUACAGGAAAAAUUAAACUGUUUACGCCAACUUAAUUUAUCAUUUAAACACUUUAUCGAUCAAGACCUUGGAAAUCAAGAUAAAUUGGUCAAUAUCAUUGACAACUUGAAUAAACAAGAAUUGAUACUGUUGCAAGAAGAUUUAACAAGCUUGAAUACAGAAAUCACCCCCUACGCCAAACUUAAGAAGAUAGUUAGCUUGCACAAGAAUCUAAUCAAAUUAUUUGCACAAAAGGGAUUUGAGAAUAAGGAAAUAAACAACGACUUGUUAUUACCUGCUUUGAUUUAUUUGCUUGUGUACAAGCUUGAAACGAAAGAUUUAUAUUUGUCAUUUUUAUUUAUUCGAAAUUUCCUCAAUCUUAUUGAUUCCCUGCCUAUUGAGUUGUAUCAAAUCAAUUUGUACUUAUCGUAUAACCCAGCACAAGAAAGAGCUCCUUUGAGUAGCAGCAAAUACAAGAAAUCAGAUAUACUUGGGUAUUUGAAUUUGCUGAAUUCUCAAGAUUUGCCACAAGAGCAGAGCCACAUAGUUAGCGACGAAUUCAAGUUUUUCACAAACGAUAAAGACUUGAUAUCAUAUAUAAACCAAAAAUUUCUAAACACAGGAGAAUUAAAUUACUAUUUAACCAAUUUUGAAGCAAUGAUAGUUUAUUUAUCUAAUAUGACAAUAACAGAACUAUUGUCAAAUAGUGAGACUGAAAUUUCUUCAGAUUUACGAAAUAGCAGUGUUUUGAACCACCCAAUUGAUAAGCUAGUUGACGAGGAGUUGCUCACUCAUUUUCAAUUUCCUGAUGGUGAGCUUGCCAAUGAGAUGAAAGCAAACGAAAACAGAAUAAAAGAAGAAGAGACCGGAAGAUCAAGAUCUUCAUCAUUAUUAAACACAAUUAGUAACAAGAUUAAUGAAACAAGAUCCAGAUCUAGCUCCUUGAGAAAAGAAAAAUUUCCUAGCUUACCAACUCCAACGGAAGAGCUUGAAGAGAAUUCUGGGUUUGCAAUGAUGCGAAAUAUUUUGGGAAGAUUCAGUUCAGCAAGCGGAACUACAGAAGGUGUUUACGACGAGGAAGAAAACGAUUCACCUCAAUCGAAUUUGAAAAAGACCAAUUCUUUUAUAAGCAAAGUGUCUCCGAUUCAUUCUCGUACACGCUCGUCGUCAUUAGAAAAUGCCACAGCAAAUCCUGGGCAUUAUAAAAGAAAUUCAAUCACAGCUAAGUUUACAAGUGGAGUCUCCGAAUUUAUGACCAAACUUAACCAACCAGCUAUUCCUUCCCAUUUGCACCAGGACAACAAUGUUUCCAAUGUUUCAUUACAGUCCAUAGAAGAUGGAGAUAGCGAUGCUACUAUGAAUAAGAGGCCAACUGCGGGUCGCAAUAGAACUACCAGUAUACAAAUUUUAGAUAAAUGGUUUGGUAACUUGUCCCCCAGUCAGACUAACUCACAACCAUUGACGGCUCAACAAGCGGAGGCUAUACCAGCCCCCACUAUAUCUAGUGUACAACCAGCGAUUCCAUCUAAAUCAAAACCAGAAGUUCUAUCGGAAGAAUUGAUUGUUGAUAUCGAACAGCUAACAAAGUUUCAUAAUUCCAAUUUUGAAUCCCUUUCUAUUCUGGAUUUACGUGAGUUGAAAAACUACUAUGAUCAAUUGUGUCAAGAUUUAUUAUCCAAUGGAAAUCACGAAAGCAACGGCAAGAUUUAUGUCAACAGCAGAAACAACUCAAUUGACAAGGUCGAAAGUCAUGCAAAUUCAUUAGAUAAAUUUAUUGGAAAAGAGACGACCGAAGCUGGAGAUUUGAAUAGCAAGGCUGAAUCGGUUGAGUCGGGUGAUAUGUUUGGUACUGCAACUAUCAUUACUUCAAGUAACAAUAGUCUAUAG